AUGACUCGUCCUCCGAACAUCCUCGUAACCGGUACCCCCGGCACAGGCAAGACCUCCAUGUGCCAGCAGCUUGCAGAACGAUCCCGGCUCUUGUCACACGUAAAUGUCGGCGACUUGGUAAAAGAGCGUGGCCUUCACAGCGGUCGCGAUGAAGAAUUUGAUUGUUUUGUGCUGGACGAGGACAAAAUUGUCGAUGAAAUGGAAGAGCUGAUGGCUGAAGGCGGCAAGGUCGUGGACUUUCACACGUGCGACUUUUUUCCCGAGCGCUGGUUCGACCUGGUUGUGGUGCUACGUGUGGACAACACGACGCUGUUUGAUCGACUGCAGAAGCGCGGGUACUCGGACAAGAAAGUGGCUGAAAACGUCGAGUGCGAGAUCAUGGAGGUGGUGAUGCAAGAAGCUCGUGAGAGUUAUGCACCAGAGAUUGUGCAAGAGCUGACGAGUCGGACGGUGGAAGAGAUGGAGGGCAAUAUUGAGCGCGUGCUCAUGUGGAUGCAGCAUUGGACCGCGCAGCACGCCGACCAUUAG